CGCGCGCACACGGCAAGUGCUCCGGUGCGGCGGCUGAUAUGAUCUCGGCGUCCGUGGCUCUCGGCCGAAGGAUGUGCUCUCUGCUGCUCGCUGUCGGAUGCGCCACGACUAGCGCCUGGUUCGCCGAGGCAGUCGACCACAUCGACAAAGAAUACCAAGCACCAGGACUCUUCGAUGAUGCCGAUCUUCAAAUAUUGGACAACAUCUUAUGGAGCUACGACCGACGCAUCACCCCUGGUCACCAUUUAAACGUUCCUACAGUUGUAAAGUGCGAGAUAUAUCUACGGAGUUUUGGAGCUGUGAACCCUGCAACAAUGGACUACGACGUAGACCUGUACCUGCGUCAGACGUGGACGGACUUGCGGAUGAAGAACGCCAACCUGACCCGGUCCCUAGAUUUAAACGACCCUAACCUCCUCAAGAAAGUGUGGAAACCUGACGUCUACUUUCCCAAUGCCAAGCACGGGGAGUUCCAGUUCGUCACUGUUCCCAACGUUCUCUUGAGGAUAUACCCUACCGGCGAUAUACUCUACAUGUUAAGGCUAAAGCUGACCUUCUCUUGCAUGAUGAACAUGGAGCGGUACCCCCUGGACCGACAGGUCUGCAGCAUCGAGCUUGCCUCGUUUUCCAAGACGACAAAGGAGGUUGAGCUCCAAUGGGGAAACGCUGAGGCUGUCACCAUGUACAGUGGUCUGAAGAUGGCACAAUUCGAACUUCAACAAAUCAGCCUGACGAAGUGCAGCGGCGCCUUUCAGAUAGGCGAGUACAGCUGCCUGCGCGCGGAGCUCAACUUGAAGCGUUCCAUUGGCCACCACCUGGUGCAGUCUUACCUGCCGUCCACACUCAUCGUGGUCGUGUCGUGGGUAUCCUUCUGGCUCGACGUGGACGCCAUACCGGCGCGCAUCACGCUGGGUGUCACCACGCUGCUCACCAUUUCGUCGGAGAGCUCCGACCACCAGGCUAACCUAGCGCCGGUGUCGUACGUGAAGGCGCUCGACGUGUGGAUGGGCACGUGCACCAUGUUCGUGUUCGCCGCGGUGCUCGAGUUCACCUUCGUCUCCUACCUCGCUCGCAGAAAGCAGAUCGUGCCCGCUUCAAUUUCAGACGUCGAGGCUUCCCAAGAUCUCGUUCUUGUCGUGGGAAACAAGGACAAAAAUCGACCCCCGUCACCGUCCAUCCCGACGUCCACCCACGUGGUCUUGGCUUACAGACACCGUGCCAAGCAGAUUGACCAAGUGAGCCGGGUCGCUUUCCCAAUCGGCUUUGUUCUCUUCAACGCACUCUACUGGCCAUAUUACUUGCUCUAGUUGGCCAUGGUCUCAGUGCCUACAGCUGCUGCUCCCAACGUGCAGCCAUACGCCGGGAAACGGGUGGCGGCGUACCCCAGGGAAACGGUCGGCCGUUGGAUUGAAAAGGACUGCCAUCACCAACGCACGCUCUGGUGGAAGAGAAAGCUACACUCUUUGCUCUGCCGCAUUCAUUCUUUUCUUACCAUGAUCGUGUUUGUUUCUUGUCUUUUCUUUUGUGUGUCUAUAGCCGUUGGCGCUGUCUUCGGGGCAUUCCGCUCUCAAGCGGGUGCUGACACAUUGACCAUCGCUUCAAACUUCCUCGUCGUACGGAUGUUGCCAUCAUAAUCCCAAACAGCAUCAUGGUCAAAACUGCCCAUACGCACAUUUGUAAAUAAGAAUUGAUUCACACAUCAGAAACAUGGUUGUACUUAGGCGUGCCCAAAAAUAUUUUUUUUGCCCUUUUUUGAAUAAUGUACUAAAGACAAGUUAGCUUUCACCACAAUAAACUAGAGAGCUCAGCGUGUUUUUUUUUAUUCGCUGCUACACUAACUUCGAGGCCAACGGAUAAGAAAGUUAAGAACGGAGUGAGAGAACGGUACCUUUAUUACCUCUCCUUAGAAGAAGUUAGCAGCAAUGAAUUUGUGACUCUUUUCUCUAAGGCAUUCAAUAACUUAUAAGGUGUCGGGUAUUUCAGUUACUCAAUUAUUCAAUUAAACAAUGUAUCCUACAGGAGCUAAUGACUACUACUGACCAGACGAGAUGCGUCGUUUUCCUGACAGUUCUCACUCAGGGUUCUUUCCGACCGAAGACUGAUUGCGUGUUGCCAGACUGAUUCGUUCUUGGCGAUUAGGUCGAAGCGUUUGCGCUCCCUGAUCCAGCGUCCGGCGUCAGCAAUAUUAGCGCGUAAUACCGAACAUUACUGAAGCACUCUCCGAAAGGCUAUGAACAUUCGCUUUAUUGCCGACAGCUGCUCAGGCACUUCAUCACUGCGGCAGGGUUUCUAGAUACAUUGCUUAUUGCUUAUCCAAACUGCCAAACUAUAUUGAUUAGACGACUAAGCUGCACAUUCAUGGCCUAUUGACUUUUCGUUUUCAUUUCCGUAUCGCCACGUAAUCAUACGUGUGCAUACUUCGCAGUAAAUUACUGUUCAGACUGAUGCGCAAUGGACUUGCCCAGAGUAGGGCGUAUUCCAUUACCAUUUUUGCUGAAGAUCACGUCGUUAUAUUAACUGUCAGAAAACUGUAAGAACACAGCAGUGGCUGCAUUGUUCACAAUGCAAUGUUUAGGUGUGACUGGAAUUUUGUAUAUAGGAUGUUCCUUCGUAGCACCGUAAAAUUUUCACCUCUACAUUUCCACGCAAGAUAACUGACGUUCAGAACAUCAAAGCCUACUCUUCAUCUUUGGGAUACAGUUUCAUGAGACAUUUCAAAUGGCAACUUAUCAGUAAAUGUUGCAGUUCACCAUUUCUUUUUUCGUCAUUUAUGCAUGGGUGAAAAUGUCGUCGCAGUAAUAUUCCACUUAUUUUGAUGCUUUUUGCGUGAAAGAUGAGGUGGGAGAUAAAUUAUUGAAAUUGAAAACUCAUCCUAGAUAUCCUUUGCAGCACUGGCUUUGGAUUCUGCACUUGUACUAGACGGAAAUACCCGCAAAUGCUUGUGAACUGCCCCACCACAAUAUUUUAUGCUAUACAUUAUUUUGCCAAUGAGGCAACACGAAAGCGCAUUACCUUUCCGAUAUCGUCCAAACCAGGACGAGCGAGACCUUUAAUUUUUGAAGCUUCAAUCUUGAAACCUUUCGAACUGUAUAAAUUAUCUUCUUAGGCAGCUCAAAAGUCCGCAGCCUAUUCUUUUGUGUCAGCAAACAGGAUUUGCAUAGAAUGGCUUCACUAGUGUGAGGAAUUUCAACACAAUGGAGAGAGGGAGAGGCUCUUUAUUAGAAACAUUGAUUUUUGCCGGCGCAUAUACAACCGCUGGCAUGCUAGUCUCUAUAGGAAUGUAGAAUGGCAUUCAAAGAUUCCAGAACACGAUGAAAAGCGGAAAGCUAGUCACUAAAACUUGCCAAUUACAAGCAGCUUUUUGUCCUUGUUUUUGCCGUAGUCUACAGAAGUAAACGAUGUUGUCAUUCAGGAAGCCUUAAUAAUA